UUUGACUUCUAUCCUUAAGAAACGUUUCCAAAUUGGUUUUGUUGAUGGACUCCUCAAACUAGUUGAAAAACUGUACAACAAAUACUAUCAUCGUUCUUCCAGAAAUUUCUGUAAGUUCUUUGAAGUUUAGUUUGGAAAAGUGACUUUUCAACUAUUAUUGGUAGUGGACCAGGCAGCUGGAGGAAGCUACCACUGAGGUGGUCCCAUGUGACUUGUAUGGUUGUCAACGUCAAGUUCUGCACGUGAUUACAAAAUGGAUAUCGGCAGAAUGCUAUGUCAGAUAAAAUGUCAACGGCUCUGUCUAGUAUUGUUGGCAGUUCUCCUGGUAUUGACACAAGCAGCUGAAGAGAGUGCUUCUCCACAAGAAAAAACUCAGAUGUGGCGAGAGACAGAGUCUGACAUAAAUACAGGAGGCUCAGAAAUCGACAGCUAUGGAGCGGAAUCCCAGGACACCAACACACAACGAGAGAACCAUCCCAACUCCUCCCCCCUCCUGGUUGGCGAAGGAGAGGAAGUAGACGAAAGACCGUGGAGACCGCGAAACAGGACGCGAAACGGAAACGGAAAACGAAGGAGGAGAAUGAGGAAACGUCCGAGAACCACUACCCCCACCCCCGAAGGAGGGGAAGAUGGAGAAGAAGGUUACAAACCUAGGUACCAGGAUAGAGUAAGAGGGGGAGAGGAUAGUGAGAGAGAAGUGCUACGAAUUAGAGAGGAAGGAGCAGGAGGGGUUGUUCCUAGUGAGGAGGAAGUAGUGUACCCGAGAAGAAGACCACAAAAAAGGAGGAGACGACCUGUGAAGAGACCUCCUCCGGUGGAGGAAGAAGGACAGGAGAAUGGGGGACACGGUGAAGUAGAGAGGGAGAUAUUCAGGAGCAGACCUGGUUCACAAUAUUCAGAACCCGAGGUUAACAAGGGUACACUAGAUGAAUUUGGGGAAACUACAACAAAAAAUCGUGAAAAUACCUAUAGAGCCCGACCUGAUACGUAUAGAGUUAGACCCGGCCCACCUAGAGAUAGAUACCAGGAGCCUGAAGGAUACAGGAGUCGACCCGAAAACGGACAACGUAAGAGAAGGAAAGGGCAAGGUAGGAAAAGGAUACGAGUGGAAGAAGUGAAAAUUGAGACAACUACAAUGAGUCCUACAUCUUUCAGUGAGGAGAUUGCGAAGGAGAUAGAUGAAAACAAAGAGAUGACCAACAGAAACGAGGAAAGUAGAUACAGCACGAUAAUUGUCACAUCCAAGGUAGAAUCUACAGAUCCAAUGGAGGAGUACAAUAUCAUGAAGGAGAGUAAUGAGGAUGAGGCGGAGGAGGAGACGCAUGUUGCAGCAACAAAUCCCUACACCCCAGACACAACACAACAUGUUACGACAGCAAGUAGCGAAGAAAGUGUAACAUACACCAGUCAACUACCCACAAGGUUCACCACAGAUCUAGAAGAGGAAACAUUGAGGUUCACUGAUGUUACAACUGGAAAAUACUCAACCGAAGUUGAUUCAACGUCAACGGUCGUUGAUGACCAUGACACAAUCACAACAGGACUGCCUAGGGAUGAGGAGAAUUCAGUUGAAACAACUAGUUAUUCAACGAGUACAGAGACUACAGUGCCCGAGAUUAGAUACACAACAGCGUUCACAACGGUUGAAGAUGUGGACAAAACCACAAAGGAAAUGGAUCCAAUGAUCACGUCCCUGGGAACCACCCAAACUCCCAGAACGCCUCCAAGAUACAGUUCCAGGAUGAAGUACCACAGUCGGGUACAGGGUAGUACUAAGGAGCCACAAGUUUCCACCACGACUGAGUAUACCGGGUACAGAAUCACCACAGAGAGCAGCACUACGAAAGAACCACUCAAAGCUGUAUUGAACCGGAAGAAAUUGUUCUCAAAUUCGAGACGUCGCCUACCACCUACUUCCGCCAUUAUCAGGAGGAGGUUAAAGAAGAAGGACAAUGAAACAACUGAAGGUAAAGAUGGAGAGGGAGACGAAUUGGUGAUGAAGAUGAAGAUACCAGUACACAUCAACACCGAGAAAGAGUUGAAGGUUAAAUAUCACACAGUAACCCAAAAAACAGAUACUAAGAACGAGAUUGACACAAGUACCUUGAUGCCUGUAGGAUAUAAAGCUGCGCCAGAAGUUAUCUCACCGAUGAAACUUCUAGAAGAGGUCACAAUUGGAGAGGUUUUGAAAAUGAUGUCAACAACCGGCACAACUCUCAGCCCACACGAGGAUGCAACAUCAGAGAGUUACACCAGGGCGACACCCAAGGUUCUAGAGGGUGUGGAGUUGCCUAACAUCAGAGACGAGAUCCUUGAUUUGAUCAGAUCGGAUGAGAGUGGAUACACACGGUUGAAACGUAUACUGGAGCUCAGGAAUAUGACGUUGACUGAUUUAUUGGAGCAUAGGGAACGAGGGUCAAGUCAGUUGCAUUUUUCUGAAGCGUUCAGGAGUAGUACAACUGUUGCUCCAAGUAACGUAACAUCUGAUGUGCAGGAAACAACCAAAAAUGUAGAAGGGACAACCAAAAAUACAGAAGGUACAACUAGAAAUGUAGAAGCUACAACCAAAAAUACACAAGGGACAACCAAAAAUACACAAGGAACAACCAAGCAUGUACAAAUUACAACUAGAAAUGAACAAAGGACUACUAAAAAUGUACAAGUAACAACUGAAAGAUUGACUACAACAGAAGAAUCCACCCCCCAACCUGAGCCCGAGCCUAUACCUGUAGAGGUAACAAGUUCGAGAGCAGAAUUGGAGUUGGAAAAAGAAAUAGAAUUAGCAAAACAGAUGGAAUCUCGAAAAGAAAUCGAUUUUGACCAGAAUCAAGAUGAAAGCAAGUAUAACUUGAUUAUGAGAACUGUAGAAGCUAGCGUGAUACCUAUCCCGAUUGAAAAUAACGGUAGGAGAAACGAGGGGUACAUUCAGUUUCCUGAACAGGGGGUGUUGAAAACGUUUCCUACUUUCCUUACCGAUACUAUAAGGAAAGAUAAGGACAGGUAUAAGGAGGAGGAGGUAAGGAACAGGGGACCAAUUUUGAAGGAACCUAGUAUCAAGUUUUAUAUUGAUUCGAAGCGGGAUGAUAAACGGGAACCUAGACAACACUUCGAGAGUGUUCGGACCAAUCAAACGAGUUCAAAUAGAAGUGGCAGCGAACAAACAAUGAGGCCGUUCAGGGGUGAAAGCAAGGAGAUACUGAUAGCAGUGACGUCAUCCCGUCCCAAACCGUCAGUACAUGUUGAUGACGUGCUUUUAUUCAAUGAAAGCGACGAAGUCCACCGAUCCCGCACCAAAGCCGUCGGAAAAAUCAGCGCGGACACGGAGAGCGAAGAAGAAGAACCCCGUUACAACGAUUUCGCAGAUCUCAGAAGAUUCCCACCCGGCGUAAAAUCAGCCAUCCUAGCUAGUGGAGCCGUUCUGGGGAUAGCUAUCCUCGGAUUCCUCACAGUUUUGGUCACCUGUCGACUGAGGCAACGAAGCGUACGUCGCCGCGCUAAGCGCGACAUACUUUGCGAACAACUCCAGGAGGACUUCAGAAGCAGCCAGUGUAGUUUAAGUCCGGUGCUUAGUAAGCACCAACGAGUGCCUGUGUUUAGUUCUCGCGGUAUUCAUUCGAAUACUUCGUCGAACAGGCAUUACUAUCUAUGGAGGACUUUGAGGAAAACAUUCCAGUAUGAAUGAACGUUAUUUCCCAUCAAUUUGUGAUGUUUUAAAAGUUUGAAUCUAACACAAAUUGCUGUUGAAACAAGAGCAAGUGAACAUUAUCUCCUUAAGUUUGUGAUUUUUACCCAAGUUUGAAUCAAACCAACACUGUUGAAACAAGAGCAAGACAUUCUUGAAGUUUGUCAUGUUUUAAAGGAGUUUAAUAUGAUAGAAUAUUGAUUUCUUUAAAUUGUAUCGGUUUUUUGAAGAAUUUGAAUAGAAUAAACAUGUCAAAGCAAAAUCAUGACAUAGUUCAGUCCUAACAUGAGUUUCAUGAAGUUUGAUUCUGAUAGUACAUGAAUUUGUAUCAAAUACUCAAUAUUGUUAAAAGAAGAACAUAAAAUUAUCGGAGUUCAAGUUUGCGAGUUCUUUAUCAUGUUUAAAAUUUAAGAAGAUCAAUUAUAAAGUAAGAAUCUGUAAGUUUGAUAUACAGUAUAGAUUCUAAAAUUGUAAAGUUUUAAUCAAAUCAUGAAGACCAGUUUUUAAAGUGUGAGUAUUUUCAUUAUUUUACAUUAUUAUACAUGAGUAUUUAUCAUUAUGAAUGCUUUAUUGAAUUAUGAAUUCAUUUGAAUUUUAUCAUUAAACAUGUGAAUGCUUAAGAAAGUGGAUAUUCACUAUACAACUGAUAAGAGCUACUUAAAAAAUUCUAUUCUUAAAAUGAUUUUCAUCACACAGUUUCAAAGAUAAUGGGAAUUCUAUGACAUUUUUAAAGAUUGGAUUUUUAAAUACCAUUGAAUGAUUUUUAUAAUAUUCAUGAAUCCUUCCAUUCUUCUGGUUUUCAGUUCCAAGCGUUCUUCCAACUAUAGCCAUAUUUUCCAGUUGAUACAGUUAUGUUGCUUCAAAGAAUGUUCCCCACCAUUCAGUUGAAAAAUACUGAAUAAUAACUAUAAACAUAUUGUACUUCCAAAAGCUUUAAUAACCUUUAUUGAGUGUGAUAUCCAAUAAUGAAUUUCAAGAUGACAAUUUUCGGAGAAAUCAUUAUUUUACAUUUGUAGUAAGCUACAUGAAAGAUGUUUGAUUCAUGAUUUUGUAAAGUUCACGAUGUGCCAACAAACGAAAUAAAGUAUGGAAACUUGAAAGCAGCAUUUAAGAGCCUUUACUUGAUGGCUUUUGAUUAUUUUCAUGGAGAGCGAAAAAUUGAUUUUAUAAAAAAAUAGAGAGAAAACCACUAAAAAUAUGCUUUGAAAAUUAUAAUUAUUGUUAAUUAUUUAUUAAUUUGUACAAAUGAAUUGUUUCCAAACUAUUAUCCCAAUGAAAAUCUUUUAGUGAUAAUUAAAUUUAGUAGAAUAAGAUCCGAAAAACCGUUUUUGACAAAUACUAUAAGAGCAUAAACAAAACCAACUUUAUGUGCAAUAAUAAGUAGUAUCUUACAAGUAUAAUGUUGAUAAUAAUUAUAAAAAUAAGUACUUUUUAAAUCAUAAUAAAAUAAGGAUUUAUAUUUAUCAAUAAGUAGAUAGAUUCAUAUCUACUUUAUUAUGUAAAACAACUUGUUAUAAGGUUAUUAUAUUUGUUAAGUUUGAAAUAAAUGUUUUGUUCAUUUGUUGUUGUUCU